AGAAUUCUUGCGUCAGUGAAGGAGCUUCGCUGGAGAACUGACGGGAAGGAGAGAAGGAGCGUCGGCGACGAACUCGUAAAAGAGAGGCAAGACAACAGGACAAAGCGGAGGAAAGGAGCAAAGGCGAAGGGGCCAGACCAGACGGGCUCCAGCUGGGGGGCUGCGCUUUGGAGUGCCUCCCUCGCGCCGCGUCUGCCUCCUCGCGAGCCAAGGGAGCCGGUGGCGCGCCAGCUCCGGCGAGAAUGGAGCUGCGCCUGAAGCUCCUAGGCUGGACUUUCGCGCUCCUCCUGUCCGUGAGCGGCUGCCUCAGCCAGCCCCCGCCGCACUUGCGCGCUAGUCGACCGGGCGCCAGGAGCAAGAACUGGUGUGCCUACAUUGUGAACAAGAAUGUGACCUGCUCUGUGCUGGAUGGCACUGAGAGUUUUGUUGAAGUUCAGCACAAUUGUCCCUGGAACCAGAUACCCUGUCCACAUGCAGUAUAUCGUACAAGUUUCAGACCUAAAUACACAAUAGCAUAUAAGACAGUAACAGAACUGGAAUGGAGGUGUUGCCCUGGGUACAUGGGUAUAGACUGCAAAGAAGACACAGCGCAAAAGCCAAGACAAGCUGUUUAUCCAGCAGAACUACCACCAAAUUAUGCGAAGACAAGCUUGGACCCUAAUUCAAAGCUAGACCAACAGGACAUGCAGGCUAAAAAAAUGCAGUUCCUUGAAGAUGAAUUGUUCCGCCUUACACAGACAGUGCUAGAGCUUCAGUCCUCCUUAACUGGUGUGAAUGAAAACCUAAAACUUUCAGUGCAAGAAGAUGCAAGUCGGAUGCUUGUCUCAUGGCUGAACAAUCUUCACGACCAUCCAGGGCCUGAUAGUCCUGUUGGGGGUGAAACAGACAAUAUUAAUCUGUCUAAAAAGCAAGACCAAAAAGAACCUUUUCCUGAAUCUGGAAUAGAAAACAUAGACUCUGAACUAGAUGAAGUAAAAGAUGGCUUGAAGGCCAAACGUGAGAAGCUGGAAGAACUGAAUGGGAAAGUAAAUGGCUAUGAAGGACAAUUGAAACAACUUGAAGAAGCAGUCCAAGGCCCAACAGCCAUGAUGCCUAGUGGCCAGUUAUAUCAAGCAUACAUAGAUGCUAAGUUUGAAGCCCUGAGACAGGAAAUGUUGGAAGGGUUUGAGAAGAAAAUGGCAGAUCUGAAAAAUUCAUGUGAGUAUAAACUGAUGGAUAUUCAGCAGCAAUGUGAUGAACAUGAAGCUAGCUGUUCGGGAAUAAGAGAACUUAUUGGAGAAAAAGAAAAUAACCUGAAGAAAGAAAUGAAAAAUCUUAAGACUCUUAUCGAAACACCAUCAAACCUAUCACUUCGUUGCAAUACUGAUGACUUUGGUGAGCAGAUUAAACAAUUGGGUGAAAAGAUUGACAGAACUGCAGAAGCAAAUAGAAUUUUAAAUGCCAGGAUAGAUAAUGAAAUAAAGCGUCUUUCCACUCCGGAUUCUGAAGGCAAAUUUAAUGCAAAAUGGGAGGAAGUGGAAGCCAGGAUAAAUGUUACAGAAAAAAAUGCUGAGGAACACUGUUUUUACAUUGAGGAAACUCUCCGUGGUGUUAUAGCUACUGAAGUAGAUGAAGUAAGAGACUUAUUUGACAAAAAGCUUCAGGCAUUGGAAAACCGUCUGGGUGCUACUAUUCUAGAUAUUGCUAAUGUUACAGAUCCAGUUGAGAUGUAUACUGGUCCAGGAUCAAUCUUACACAGUGACUCAGGAUUUGGAAAUGAGCAGCUUGCAUCUGAAAUUAGUUUUGUGAAGAACAAACUACAAGACGUUGAAAAUCUUUGUUGGCAGAAAUGCCAAUCUGAACUACAGAAUGUGGAAAGCCUCCAGAAAGACAUAGAAAACUGUAACAGUAAAUAUGAUUUAUUAUUUUUGAGAACACAGGACAAUUCUGGUAUUUUAAAGUCUUUGAAUGACUCUUUAAAUGAAAAGUUUCAUUUGAUUAAAGGCAGCCAACGUGACAUUCAAAAACUUCAAAAGGAUUUACGAAUCGUUCGCUAUGGUCUAAAUGUCAUUGAUAAAGACGUAAAAAGCCUUCAAGGUGGUUUGAUCAACUGCAAAGAGCAACUUCUAGAUAUCAAUUCUACAUGCGAAAAGACACAGCAUGGUAUGUUUAAAAAGAUAGAUGAAAUACAGAAAUCAGUUGACAAUCAAACAGCUUACCCAAACAACAGUUGUUGUAGUGUGUUGAAGGAGAGGGUAGAACAGCUAAAUGGGAGAGUAUUUUAUGACCCAAACAAAUGUAAAGAGAAAUUUCCUGGCAUCUCAGAUUUGGAGAGUAAAGUGUCUCAUGUUGAGAAAACCUGCAACAAACUGGACUCCAUAUCUAGCAGCCUUCAGAGGAUAAAAGAGGGAUUAAACAAACAUGUCUCCAGUCUUUGGAACUGUGUCAAUCAGAUGAACAGAACUGUAACAUCCCAUUCUAAAGAUAUUUUUGGCCUCAAGAAUUCUGUCCAACAGUUCCACAGCCAGUUCCACAAAUUCACUAUUGACCUUCAGGAUCUGAUGAAAACUCAGCCUACUACAACAAAAGAAACAUCAAUUCUACCACCAAGGAAACCACAAGGAAAUGUUCCUCUGGUGCCCUCAGAUCCAAGAAAACCAUUACAGCCCUCUCAGCCAGGAACAUCCUCAGUGCCAAGGACACCACAACAGUCACAACCAGAAGAACCUGUGCAACCAUCUCAGCCAAGAAUAUCCCUACAGAUUCCACAGCUAAGAAUACCUUUGCAGCCGUCACAUCCACGGGUAGUCAUACAACCACCAUUACAUGGAUCACCUCAUCAGCCACCAGAUCUCAGAACUCCUCUAUGGCCAUCAUUUCCAGGCUCAAAAUCUGGUUUACCUUUCUUGCCUGGGUCAGCUGGGUCACUGAUGGAAAAUGGAGAGGCAGGCCCUCCUGGUACUGUUUUAAUGUCGGGAAGAGGGCGGCCAAAAAGUGCAAAUGGUCAAGGUGGCCAGUGGAACAUGCCCAUGUCUGAAGGGUAUGCUGGAGCACCAGGAUAUCCGAAACGUCCACAAACUCCAUCAACUGUCACACAAGUGCUGAAGCCAUGUCCGAGUCCUUUUACCACCUACCACAGGAAGGGAGCAGCUGCCACUUCACCUGUAUCAUUCUCUGCUGGCCUCACACAGAAGCCUUUCCCUAAUGAUGUGGGUGUGAUACACUUUAACAAAGUGCUUGUAAAUGAUGGAGGCCAUUAUAACCCUAAUUCAGGCAUCUUUAUAUCUCCAUAUGAAGGUCAUUAUCUGAUCACAGCUGUUCUAGCUCCUGAGAGGGAUGAAUACAUAGAAGCAGUGUUGUCUGUUUCCAAUGCAAGUGUUGCCCAGCUGCACACGGCUGGCUAUAGAAGAGAACUGCUUGAAUAUCAUAAACCAAGAUCGGGAAAACGGAUUUGUGGUGCAACUGGGGUUUUCAAUCUUGUUCUUCACCUGAAAGCUGGAGCUGAAGUAAGCGUUGUAGUUACUGGGGGCAAGAUGGCCUACACAAACUCUGAUGAAAUUUAUUCCACCUUCAGUGGGGUGUUCCUAUAUCCUUCCAUUUCUCGUGUUUAAGAUAUAAUGGAGAAGGAAAUGAGUAAGCUAUCCUGAAGAGAGUAAGUAAUAAAUGGGUGACAUUA